AACAAUGUUGUUAUAUUGUGGUUGGAUUUCUCAAUAUCAGUAACCUUCUAAAUAAAGAUUUAACUUGUUGCCAAUUCAGCCUCCUUAAUGAGGAACCCUGACCUUAAUACAACAAAGCCUGAGUUUCAAAAUCCAACCACACAACGAAGUGAUUAGAGAAAGCUCCUUUAUUUCUGUCAAAAUCUUACUGGGACAUUGAGCAAUAUCUAAAUCCUAUUAACCGCUCUAGCCCCUCCCAAUUCCCGCUAAAAUAAAACGGGUUUCGAGCUGUUUACCACACACUGCCAUCAUGUUUCUUUACCAACUACUCAACAUUUUCUACGUAGCUUCCCAAAAGGAGGAGGAAUCUAAAAAUGAUUCGUCCCGUUACAAGCGUGGUGAUUUACUGGAAGUCCCCAGGACAUUAUUUACACAUUUUGGUAUCUACUUGGGUGACAAUCGUGUGGCUCAUCUCAUCCCGGACAUCCUUCCUGUGUUUACCAAGAAUACAUCUGCAAUUUCAACAAUGGUAUCAAAUAACCGCUUGAUGUUGGGAGUCAUCGCUAAGGUUGCCAGCGUCAGAGUGGAUUCCUUGGCUGAUUUUGCGUACGGUUCGGAGAUCCUGGUCAACCACAUGGACAAGGUGUGCAGCCAGCCUCCUUUGGACGGGGACGAGGUAGCGAGAAGGGCAGAGAAACUCCUGGGCAAGGUCAACUACAGCCUACUGUGGUACAACUGUGAACACUACGUCAUGUACUGCAGAUACGGCAUGUCCAUCAGCUACCAGACAUACCAGUUCUGCACAGCAGUACGGAAGAUUGUUUGCAGCAGGAAGAGCUCCUAUCUGACUGCACUGUGUGGUGUAGCAGUCGCGCUGUAUCUGGGCUGUGUGACGCUGCUCACGGUUUUACCCACGCUGCUCGUCUCCUUCACCAUCUGGAUGGCAGCCUGAUGUUAUCUGGUGAGAUGGCCCUCAUGAGAAAGACCAGCGCACUGAUGGGAGCUGAAAUGAAGUCCUGCUGUUGAGCUGAAAAGACAUUGGGAAAAAAAAGUGUUAACUGUAAUAGAAAUGUCAGAAUUCUACUUUUUACCUUAUUUUAACUGAAGUUGUAUUUGUCUUUUCCUUGAUAGUUUGCCGUCGUGACCGAACCUUUUGUGUUAGAUGUCUAAAUGUGUACAUUAUUCAUCACUAAUGUUCACCAGGCUCCGGUGUUCAGCAUUUAUCUUAAUUAACAGUAGCAGCUCGUAGAUUAUAUUUUGACGUUGACUCAUAACUCCGGAAGACUGAGAUAAAAAUCAACAGUAAUCUGGAAAGGAGAGAGUGACCUAUGGGAACAUGAUGGUGUCUGCAGAUGGAAGAGUUGCUAGGAAUGCUGUGAUGAAUGUUUUUCAAUUGUGAUAAACAUAUUUCAUGUUCUGGCUAAAAGGUUUACUUGGACAAAGUGCAAUAUGUUUCUUCUUACUUUCUCUGCUUUUCAUGAUUGUGCAAAUGCUUUUAUAUUAUCUUCUCUGCUGCCAUCAGUGUACAUUUUAUUCCAUUAUAUUUUUGUAUUUCUCU